AUGUCCAAUCGACAGGUCACGAGUAAAAAUGGGUUCUCUGAUGAUGUUGUCGAGUUACUGUCGAGCAAGAAACUGGCUUCGAUGAACGCCCAAGAACUUUUUGUCGAACGCCAAUCUCAAGCAGAAAAAUAUGUACUGAAAACCCACCUGUUUGUUCUUGAUGCCUAUCUUCGAGGCGGAAUACCACCAGAUGGCAUCACCGAGAUAGUUGGUGCAUCAGGUGUGGGAAAAAGUCAAAUGUGCUACAUGCUGUCUGUAUUAGCCACUCUUCCAGAGGAUGCUGGCGGUUUGGGCACCAAUUGUUCAGUUCUUUACCUUGUUUCUGAAAACACAUUUGCUCCAACUCGCCUGAUAGAGCUCUGCUCGUCUUUGGCCCCUCAGUAUUUUUGCAACUACGAUCGCAUUGCCCAAGCUCUCAACCGCAUCGUGUGUGUUCAAAUUUCUAAUUCUCAGCAAUUUUUGUCGGCCCUUAAUAACGUCGACGACGAAAUUAUUUCUAAGCGCGUCAAGGUCUUGAUUGUUGAUUCCAUUGCUGCUGUCAUUCAAAAGGAAUUUGACAACUCCAAUCUUUCAAGAAGGCAGCACCUGCUCAAUCACAUCGCCUCUAGACUCAAAAUAAUUGCUGCGAGUUACCACAUACCUAUAGUCGUGACCAAUUUGGUAAUACCUAUCUCUUCCGGGCACAAGCAGAGUAUGAACCAUCGUCAACUCUCAAUUUCCGCGCUAGGGACCGUCUGGUCUCAUUGUGUCAACACACGCAUCGUUCUCGAAUAUUCUACUGCAGCCGACUUCAACAUCUCCGACAACAUCGUACCAGCUCUCAUUCGAAUAAGCACCACCUCUGAAACUCAACUGCCAGAUGAAGAACCUGAAUGCCCCGUCGGCAGCCUUAGAUGUCUGACCAUUGCAAAAUCGCCGGUAUCGCCCGUUGUAUCAUUUCCUUGUGUGAUUACAAAAAGAGGUUUGUGUUUGCUAAAAGUACCGGAACUUAUUCUGAGCGAACGUAGCGUUACCAAUCCCAGCAUCGACGACUUCGUUUUAGAUAUCGACCCCAGCAACUACUGGGAUCAAAUUAUUUCCAUGCCCCCCGACCUUGAAUUGACAAAGAAAGAGAAUUAUUUUUGA